AUAAAAAUGAAGACGUGCAAGGUUGCAAUAAGAAACAAAAAAUAAUUAUGCCUUUACAAGUAAUUUAUGAACUUUUAAAUAAUUCUGAUAACUUACAAGAUAAUGAUGAUUUACAAGACGAUAAUGAAAUUGCAAGCCUUGGUGAAUUGUCUCAAUCUUCAUUAAUUAUACCUUCAUGA